CAGGCAACAAGUUAGAAAAGGAGGAUAUAUACACGUCGGAGUGGCUCAUUCUCACUUAGGUCUCCAACUGAAGACGUUCUUAAACUCAGUCCGAAACUUAUUAAUUUCAUCCACUAAAUUCACCUUUAUGUGUCGAUGAGGAGGAUAGUAUACACGCAAACAGACAAGUUUUUGCCUACGAUAAGGCUUGGAAAAAAUUUAUGUGCUAGCUUGGGCAGCAGAAGAGGCAAUUCAGGAAACCAUCUGGAACUUUCCGUUCUAACCCUCAUUCACAACGUUCCGUAGACGAGCCAUCUCAGUCGAUAUUUAGUGAGAUUCUUAUCACCUAUUCCUUUCAAAGCAAGCAUCAUGGUUCAAGGAGAGACAACAUACAGCUACACAAGUAUCACCAGCCUUCCGACCCGCUCAGCAGAGGCCAGGAGAGCUGGGUAUGAGGCGAUCCAAAAGAUGGGUAAGAAGGAGGACACAAAGUAUGACAGAGCUUGGGGGCCGGUUUUUAAAAACAAAAGUCAUUUCUCAAGUCUACACCAUUGUUAAACAGACAUCAUGAUUGUUUUAUAUUAUUUCUUUUGCUUAAAGGUGAUGGAAUCUCAUUAAACUUUGCAUAGACCGAUUUUUUGUUAUUAGAAAUAGUAAAAGUAUAUAUAAA